UCCCUCCAAUCUCCUGCGUGGCCCCUCUCCCUGGUUUUGCCUUUUUUUUUUUGUCCCAUUUUCGUUCUUAUUGUGUAAUUAAAUUUUUGGUAAAAAAGUGUAAAAUUAUACAUUUCAGUCUCUUAUCCCAUUUUUCUGAAUCGUUACAGAGGGCUUCGAUUGUCUUCGAUUUUUUUGUUUGGGGCUAGGGUUAGGGCUUAUUUGGUAUUCGAUCUCCUUCCCUUCGAUUUUGCCAAGGGAUUCUUUAGGGUUGAGAGUCUUGCUUUUAUGGAGAAAAGAAAGGUGGCCAUUCCUCUCGUCUGCCAUGGGCAUUCGCGGCCGGUGGUGGAUUUGUUCUACAGCCCCGUUACUCCGGACGGAUUCUUUCUCAUCAGCGCAAGCAAAGAUGCCAGUCCCAUGCUGAGAAAUGGUGAGACAGGAGACUGGAUUGGAACAUUUGAAGGGCAUAAGGGUGCAGUCUGGAGUUGCUGCCUUGAUACCAAUGCUCUACGCGCUGCAUCUGGUUCAGCUGAUUUCUCAGCGAAAAUAUGGGAUGCAUUAACUGGAGAUGAAUUACACUCGUUUGAACACAAACACAUUGUUCGCACAUGUGCCUUUUCCGAGGAAGAGGAGACGGGAAAGUAUAGUUGAUGGAAAAAUGAAAAAAAUGCCUCAUUUUUGGUUGUUGGAGGUUUCAAAGGAGAGAGUUGGAAAGCCACUUUUCUACGGGCUGAAAAUUAUGGAUACACACCUGUUGCUCACUGGAGGAGUUGAAAAAAUGUUACGGAUAUUUAAUUUGAAUCGUCCAGAUGCACCUCCAAGAGAAGUUGAUAAAUCACCUGGUUCGAUCAGAACCGUUGCUUGGCUUCAUAGUGAUCAGACAAUAUUAAGUUCCUGUACCGAUAUCGGGGGUGUGAGGUUAUGGGAUGUAAGAAGUGGGAAUAUUGUCCAAACUCUUGAGACCAAGUCACCUGUUACCAGUGCAGAAGUUAGCCAAGAUGGCAGAUAUAUCACUACCGCUGAUGGCUCAUCCGUCAAAUUUUGGGAUGCAAACCAUUUUGGACUUGUUAAAAGCUACAACAUGCCAUGUACUGUCGAAUCAGCUUCACUCGAACCAAAGUUUGGCAACAGAUUCAUUGCUGGAGGUGAAGAUUUGUGGGUUCAUGUUUUUGAUUUUCAUUCUGGGGAGCAGAUCACUUGCAAUAAGGGUCACCAUGGACCUGUCCAUUGUGUACGGUUCUCUCCGAUGGGCAAAUCAUAUGCUUCAGGUUCAGAAGAUGGGACCAUAAGAAUAUGGCAGACGAGUCCCGCCACUGCUGAUGAGAAUGAGGCGACUGGGGCGAAUGGUGCUGCUGGAAAAGUGAAGGUUGGUGCAAAUGAAGCUGCUCGGAAAAUCGAGGGUUUUCACAUUAGCAAGGAUGGACCUAACGAGGGAUAGGAUGCUGCCUCGAUAGAUUCCCGAUGCUGUGCUCAAUUGGGUAUAAGAAGGUUUAUAUUCCUUACUGAUCAAUUCUGCCCUCUCUAAGCCUUGCAGGGUGUGGUUGCUAUUAAAUAGGUGCCCUUCCUAUGCUUGAUUGCAGCCAUCUUCCAAGAAUAACUAGCCAAGGUUUCAUGUGCUUUAUCGAACUAUCCUUUAUAAAGAAACUUAAAAACCUUGUGUUGUAUAAUUUUAAUAUUUUGAUUUUUGUCGACUUA